AUGAAUAGAAUGAAAGGCUCCUUAAAUAGUCGUCUAGAUAGACCUCCAACAAGGUAUACCGACAGUAUGUUGGGCUGUAUCGUUUUAGGCGAAGAGAACGCAUUUCCUGUUGAUUACGAUACAAGCAAGACCGUUGGGCAUCUCAAGGGAAUCAUCAAGGAGCAGGCAGGGUUGGCUGAUCCCGCACACAAACUGAAAUUAUGGCAAGUUAAUAUUCCUGAAAGCGAGAAACGUGAGAUAUAUGAAGGAAUAAACAUCAAAGAAAAGUUCGGAGGUGAGAAAUUGGACAGCGACCUCAUAAUUAUUGGACAAGUUUUCAAAAAACAAACUCCUAGUGGUUACAUCCACAUCAUUGUGGAAUUGCCUGCCACCACUGAGCCUUUCGCAAAAACGAUCUCCCUAGCUCAAAUAGAAAAAGAAGUUCAAGAUCUAUUUAAAAUUCAUUCUCAGGACCUAGAAAAGGUUGUGACAAACAAAUAUGAUCCUUAUAUGUACUUCGAAGCACCGUACGAUCAUCCUCACAAAAUCGAAAUUGAUAAGAAAAAAAUUCCCAUGCUCGGUGGUAAUCCUAAUUUGCUUCUGUAUAACCUCCCUAGAAAGAAUGAAGAUUGCCUCACAGAUUGUGAACAUCUAGAAGCAGAACUGAAGCGUAAUGCAUCUAGUAGCAUGACAAUUAUUAUGGGGACUUCUGGCUGUGGCAAAACUCGCCUAUGUUUGGAACUUUUAUGUCGCAACUAUGGCCUGUACUUUGUUGCUGAGUCGUGGAAUCUUGGAUCUGACGACUUAGAACUUGCAACAGAGUGGACGAAGGAAAAAAUCAAUGUAAAACCUGAGCCUGAACCUGACGAAGCAAAAAAUAUAGCAGAGUGCGCAGUAUGGAGUUGCAUCACAGGAAGAUUAUUCUUGCUUAACCAUCUAUUUUGUAUGGCUAAGGAACGUGACUGUGCAAUGGAACCCAAAUCUUGGCUAAUCUUCCAGCUUAAUCAUCGACUCAUCAGUGAACUAUCUAUAAGAUUUCGAGAAUCUUGUGAUGUGAUACACCUUAAAGAAUAUUGUCUUAAUACUAUGGCAGAUAUUAAUAAAAAACUAAGUAGCAACAUCUUUCCAGUAAUUUAUGACGAGGCCCAAAUUCACACCUCAUGCCUAGCAAAUAAAUUUCCAUCUUAUAAUAACAAAAGUAUAAUGAGACCGUUUUUUACUGUAACUGUUAAAAUCAUGUCAACUUUACGCACGGUAUGUGUGGAUGUAGUUGUUUGUAUAACUGGAUCUGGUUUAUCACUAUUGGAAGCAAAAGAUCUAGCAACAUCUAACGUGGCAAAGGAAGGAUCCCUUGUUCCGACUUUUAAUCAAUUUGGUCAAAUUAAUACCUCGGAAGAGAUACUUAAACUGACGCGUAGUAUAUUACCACUUGAAGAAAAAUAUGCGUCAAUUGCAAUUGGAUGGCUAAAGGGUCGAUAUCGUUUUACUUGGACAUGGAUACACUAUCUCAUUAAGUCUUAUGAUCCCGACAAACAACUUAAAAUACUAAAAGAUCGUCUUACAACUGAUUACAUAGAUCAACGAAAUCCAAGAUAUAGUCUUUACUCUGGACUUGUAAGACUUGUACAUCAUCCUAAUGAGCGACAUUCCUAUAUUAACCAUGAGUCAAUAUUGGAAAUUAUAAAAAGAGCAAUUACUUAUUAUGCAAUGACGGGAAGGCGUUUUUUGUAUAAAAAUACUAAGGAGAUAGAUAUUAUGUCUAUUGGCUUUGCCCACCUUGAAACUCAAGAAUUAACUGGAAUCAUUGACGAACCUCUUGCGAUUCAAGCAGGAAUCAACUAUUUUAUAAAUACUAAAAUAGACAACAUGUGGUUUGAUGUAAUGUCACAAGUCAAUUUUAAUGCGAGCAUGCCAGGUUUUAUUUGGGAAAAGUGUGUUACAAAUUUUUUGCAUGAUAUUAUUUUUAAAAGUAACAAACCUUUAUCCUCGCACAAAAAACUGUUCCCUCAUAACUGUCAUCUUUACCUUCCUGUUGAUUUUGAGAAUUCACCUGAGCUGUUGCCAUCUGGUAAAAAUCGUGUAGGCAUGAAAUCUGUAGAACUUUCUGCACCUGAAGAGUAUAUUGGGUGGCUUCGCAUAGUGUCAUCAUGGGAGAAGACUGGGAAUGUUUCUGACGGAUUUUGCCCAAUAUGUUAUCCACCAAACACAGCAGGUCCUGAUAUUUCAAUUGCUUUUUUCUUCCCGAAAAGAGAAAAAAGAGAAGCUUAUAUUCUGAAUGUUCAGGUCAAAUUAAGAAAUAAUGUUGAGUUAAAGAAGGCAUGUAAAACUGUCAACCCGAAGACAAUGUUUACAGAUAAAGACUUGAAACCCAGUCCCUCUCAUGAUGAAUUGCGUGAAAUCUACAAACAACAAAAUUGGGAUAACCGCAACAUACAGAUGAUUGUUGCCUAUCCUUGUAAUUUUAAAAGAAAAAGGGAUUAUCAAAAAACACCUGGUGCAUCAAAAAGAGUACGCAAGAUACCAAGAUUGAUUAUUGAUGAAAAUAAUGCAGUCGCAUUGAUUUCUAAUGAUUGUCAAAAUUGGGUUAAAGUUUUAAAACAAGAACAGGGAUCCAAAGUUGAUUGGGAGUGUAGUGACAUUGAAAAUUCUGAUGAUGAAGAAUAG